AUGCGGAACCUCUGGCACAGCACUCAGGCGACACCAGCGGCGCCCCCGUGCGCCCCCGUCGCGGCGCCAGCGCCUGCAACGGAGGAGAGGCUGCCCGACGCCUCCGCAACGACGACAAGCACCUCUACCACCUCCACGGCCGCCACGCCAGCGCCUGCGACUGAAGAGGACCCGCUUGAUGCCUUCAUGCGCAGAAUCGAAGCGCAAGCAGCACGACCUUCGCGCUGGGACGACGUCCCCGCGACGACGACCCGAUCCGAGCUUCAACCGUCGCGCUCGCGCUGGGACGACACUCCAACAGCGCCGCCCGCGCGGACCAAUGCGUCGCGCUCGCUCUGGGACAUUCAGCCGCCGCCGCCCGGGUUCGUUCGGCCGCCGCCCGGGUACAUUCCGCUGUCCGCGCGGGCCAACAUGCCGCCCAGCAACAAUCCGGCGCUGGCCUUCAUGUCUCGACAAAGUUGGCAGCCGCCCAGGAGGAUUCCCCCGUCGUGGCUGCCCGGGACUCCACUGGCGGGUGCGGGCAGGGACAGAGAGGUGGUGCUGGGACCCGACGGCCAACAGCUGCCCGAGGAGCCGCGGCCCUGCGCUGUCUGCGACCUCUACAUCGACUUUCUCGAAGUCGAGAGCGGCGGAGACGACGACGACAAGCUCGAGUCGGAAGAGAAGGAAGAGGAGACGGAGGAAAAGGAAAAGAACGAGAAGGCGAACGAAGAGAAGAACGAAGGCGAAGAAAAGCGAAGCGAGGAUGACAUGGAGAUGGAGAACGAAGGCGGAGAAAAGGCGAACGAGAAGUGCAACAAGGAAGCCGAGAAGAAGAGCGAGAAGAACGAGUGGACGCAUCUGCCGUGCCAAUGCAAAGUCUGCAAGGAGUGCUUCAGCAAGUACGUCAGCGUGCGGUGCGCCAGCAUCGGCCUGACCAUCUUCCGGGCCAACAUCACGCCCUUCGCCUGCCCGAGCUGCGGGCGCGGCAUCAGCACCGAGGCUGCCCUGGCCAACACCACCCGCGAGGUGGCCGACCGCCUCGACGCGCUGGCGCUCAAGCAUGCCCUGUCGCGCAUGGCCGACCUCCGCUUCUGCCCGGCGCCCGACUGCGGCAACGCGCUGUGGAUCGACCCCGCCACGGACCACGGCCCGCCGGGCCUGGCGGGUCAGACCCGCUGCGUGCUCAAGUGCGACCGCGACGGGUGCGGCACCGAGUUCUGCUUCGACUGCCGCGCACCGUGGCACGAGGGCAUGACCUGCGAGGAGAGCCUCCAGGCGCGUGAGUCGGCCGAAGACGCGGCGGCGGCGGCCGCAGUCGCGAUGCCUCUUAGCUCAGAGGCCAGCGACGACCAGUCCCUGGCCAUCGUGCCGACUGCGGCGGCGCCGGUGGUGGUAAGCAAUCGCGAGUGCAAGGCGAGCCUCAAGGUCAAGGCCUGCCCGCAGUGCGGCAACGAGACCGAGAAGAACGGCGGGUGCAUGCAUAUGACGUGCGUGUGCGGGCACGAGUACUGCUGGGAGUGCCUCAGCGCCGUCGGGGAUCAGCACAAGGAGGACUGCCCCUCGCGCCCGACACCACGUGCGCCGCUCCGUCUCGCCCCGCAGGCGCAGAAGCCCCCCGCCGUGGGUGCGACGAGCCGACAGCCGGAGUCCCAGCCCGCGCGGCCGAGACAGCCGAAGUCCCACAACGCAGCGCCGUCGGCCCGAGGCCCGAGGCAUCAGCCGAAGCCGCAGCCCGAGGCCGAACCUGCCGAGGCGCAGACUCAGCCCCAGCCGAAGCCGCAGCCCGGCGAGAGAGGACCUCAGCCCGCCCAGGAGACGCCAUAG